UGUGAAGGAAUAAAUAGAGGUGGCUACUUUGCUAUUUAAUUCAAAUCAAUUCAUUCAUUCACAUGCCCAUCUUCUCAAUACUUACAAACAAGAUACUAAACACAACACAUUCACAUUACGUAGUUUUGGUUUCUCACUGAAUGAAAUCUAUAUUUUCCCUUCAUUUUCUUCAUCUUUGAAUCCCUCCCAUUCAAUAUCAAGAAAAUAGGAGCAAUGCGGCCUCCUAGCCGCCUUCAUUCUUUGUUCAUUUCCUUUCUUGUUAUUUCCCUUUUGUCAUUUCAGAUCUAUGGACAAGAAGGAGAUAUCGAUCUUGAUGAUAUCAAGGACGAUGCUAAUAAGUUGAGUUUCGAAAACCCAAAGCUUCGUGUUGCAUAUAUUGCGUUACAAACAUGGAAAGCAGCUAUGUUUUCUGACCCUUUUAACUUCACUGCAAAUUGGACAGGACCAAAUGUUUGUUCCUAUGGUGGGGUGUUUUGUGCUCAAUCUUUAACCAAUGAUUCUAUUAGAGUUGUAGCUGGCAUUGAUCUUAACCAUGCUGAUAUUGCUGGUUAUUUAGUUCCAGAACUUGGUCUUCUCACAGAUCUAGUUCUUUUCCACCUCAACUCGAAUCGUUUUUGUGGUAUCGUACCUAAAACCUUUAGCCAUUUGAAGCUUCUUAGGGAGCUUGAUUUGAGCAACAAUAGGUUUGUUGGUGGGUUCCCUAAAGUGGUUCUUUCUUUGCCUUCUUUAAAGUUCUUGGAUCUAAGGUUUAAUGACUUUGAAGGGCCAGUUCCUUCUAAACUUUUCGACAAAGAUUUGGAUGCUUUGUUCCUUAAUGAUAAUAGAUUUCGUUUUGGCAUUCCUGACAACUUGGGCAACUCCCCUGUUUCUGUUCUUGUAUUUGCUAAUAACAAUCUUGGAGGAUGCAUUCCAGCAAGCAUCGGGAAAAUGGGCAACACUCUGAACGAGCUUAUACUAAUGAAUGAUAAUCUAACUGGUUGUUUGCCAAUGGAGAUUGGAAUGCUGAAGAAGUUAACAGUCUUUGACGUGAGCUUUAACAAGAUUCAAGGCCCGUUGCCAUCAACUGUGAGCAGAAUGAGGAGUGUUGAGCAACUCAAUGUGGCUCACAACAAGCUCACUGGUGUUAUACCAGCUAGUAUUUGCCAACUCCCCAGGUUACAAAACUUUACUUAUUCUUUCAAUUAUUUCACUGGGGAAGCUCCGGUUUGUGCUGCAGCUAGAUCUGGUAGAGUCAUUGACGGUGAAGAAAAUUGCAUUGCUGGAAAGGAAGACCAAAGAUCUGCUAAAGAAUGCUCUUCUGAUGAUGCAAAACCAUAUGAUUGUAGAAAAUCUCAGUGCUUUAGCCGUUCAGCUAUAUCUCCUGUAGUAAAACCAAGACCAAAACCAACCCCUAAGCCAAAAAGACCACCAGUUCAGAACAAACCACCAGCACCUAAGCCAUCUCCUCCUACAAAACCUAUUGUACCAAUUGAAUCUCCACCACCACCUUCUUCCAAAUCUUCGGGGUCCCAUUUUAAGCGCUCUCCGCCGCCACCUCAAUCAACUCCUCCGCCAUCACCACCACCACCACCACCUGUUUAUAGCAGUUCCCCGUCGCAUCAACAUAGAAGUCCACCACCUCCUACCCACAAAAUUUCACCUGUAACUCGUCACGCUCCACCUCCUCCACCUCCACCAAGUCCGGUAUAUUAUCACCACCCAUCACCACCACCUCCACAACCAGUAUAUUACGCGCCACCAACAUAUAAACCUCAAUCACCACCACCACCUCCACCACCAGUACAUUACGAGCCACCAACGUACACACCUCAAUCACCACCACCACCUCCACCAGUACAUUACGAGCCACCACCAUACACACCUCAAUCACCACCACCUCCACCAGUACAUUACGAACCACCAACGUACACACCUCAAUCGCCACCACCACCAGUAUAUGUGACACCGUCUUCACCACCACCACCAGUAUAUGAGCAUCCAAAACCUCCAACUCCAACUCCAUCACCACCAGCUGGGUACACACCUCCCCAGGAGCCAUCACAUCCUGCCCCACCUACCCCACCUUGUAACGAGACACCACCCCCACCACCUAGUACCCCACAUUGGCAACCAAAACCAUCUCCUCCCCCUACAUAUAACCCAUCACCAUCAUAUACCCAAAGCCCCCCGCCGCCACCUCCUACUUACACCUACUCUUCACCGCCGCCACCAUCAUCAUCACCUCCCCCUCCCACUUACUACUACUCAUCACCGCCUCCGCCGCCACCAUCACCUCCACCGCCAUCACCAUCACCACCACCCCCAAGUUACGAACACGUUCCACUUCCACCCAUUGUAGGAGUCUCCUAUGCAUCUCCACCACCACCAGUCAUUCCAUAUUAUUGAGCCCGGGGUUAAUUAACCAUUAGCCUCAGUUCAUUAUCUUUAAUUUUCCAUUAACAGAUGGAGAUUUGGAGGAGAAGAAUGGAAUUCUUUUUUCUUUUUCUUUUUUUGAUUGGGAAUUAUGUAUACUUUGUUAUUUAUUUUGUUUUUUUAAUUAUCUUGAGUUGAUUAUAUAUUUAUGAAAAAUGGGAUGCUGGGCGGGAGUUAGCAAGGGGUUUAACGAGCAUUAUUGUUAUUCCGAAAGGGUGGUUGUGUAUAACUACAAUUUUACUGUUUUCUUUAGUAAAACUCAUUUAUUCAAUUAAUAAACGUCUUCAUACUUAUCAA